AUGACGCGGGCGAGUGCUGGUUCGGUGUCGUCAUCGUCGUCCCCACAGCUGUUCCGGCCGCUCUCCGCGGAGGCGGUGGCGGAGACAGGUGGCGCGACGGGCGCACUCGAGCAGGCAAGCGCGGGUCUGGCAACAGCAACAGCAGGGGUGGUGCGAGCAGCAAGCACGCAGCACAUACCAGCAGCAGGCCACCACCCUGUUGGUGGCGGUCAGGUGCGCAGUGCGAGUGUGGACACGGUGCCGUUACAGACAUACACGCUCAAACCGCAGCCGCUGUCGUCGCGCCGGCGCGAGAGCUUCUUCACGCCGGAACUCAACGUGAGCAUGGAGGACCUGUUGCAUGCACGCAAGUUUGCCGCUGUUGUCAUCCAGUCCCACUGGCGUGGGUUUUCGGCGCGGCGCAAAUUGCAGCGCGACACCGGACGCAGCUUCCACCGCGCACCCAACCCUGAUUUCGUCAUGCGCACGCGUGCAAUGCGCGCGCGGGAGGCGUUGCCCGACUGCAUGUUUCUGGACGGAAAGGUGUGCGAGGAGGACGAGGUGCUGGGCGAGUUUGAGAUGAUGAACAGGCUUGGCGAUGGCAACUUUGCCGAUGUGGUCAAGUGUCGUCGCCGUUCAACGCGCACCGUGCACGCCGCGAAGAUCAUUCCAAAGUACCGCGUGUACCGACCAGAGACACGCGCCCUGAUGAAGAGUGAGCUGAGCGUGCUGCAGAUUGUGAACCACGGCAACAUCAUCCACAUGCACGACGCGUACGAGACGCGCACGCACGUGUACCUGAUCCUCGAAUUCGUCAACAGCGGCGAUCUCUUUGACAUGAUUGUCAAAGCGGGUCAUUUCUCCGAAGCGGACGCGCGCGCCGUCAUGUACGACAUGUGCAGCGCUCUCCAGUAUCUGCACGCACGUCGCAUCAUCCACAGGGACAUCAAGCCCGAGAACAUCAUGUGUCACCGCCGCCCUGACGGUGGGCAGGUCAUGAAGCUGGUUGACUUUGGCCUGGCCACCAAGGUGACAGGUCCUCUGUUUGAUGUGUGCGGCAGUCCAACGUACAUGGCACCCGAGAUUGCUCUCCGCUCAUCACACGGCUACAACGUGGAGGCAGAUCUGUGGUCGCUCGGUGUUGUCAUGUUUGUCAUGUUUACCGGGUUCCCGCCCUUCAACAUCCCGCUCAACUACGACAAAAUUACGUCUGCGCACUACGGCGAGCCUGAUUUGACGAGUGAGGAGUGGGUGGACGUGACGGAGCAAGCCAAGGAGCUCAUCACACUUCUGUUGCAGCGCAACCCUGACAAGCGCACAUCCGCAAACAGACUGCUGCGCCUCGAGUGGUUCAAGCGCGAGACGCGCGCCCUCGCUGCCCGCCGUCGCCAGUCUGUCAUCCUGAAUCUGCAGCAGUUCAGACCAGAGUCACGCCGCUCGUCACGUGUCUCCAUCGCCACGAUUUCCACAGCCGCCAACCCGUCCUCCCCCGAGCCGCCGACGCCAACCAUCACCACCACACCUGCGGACGAGCUUUGGUCGCUGGCGGCGUCGAGUAACACCAUUGGCAGCAGCGACACGGCACUCCCUUCGCCACAGCUGCUGAUGAAUCUCUCCAAUCGCUCGCAGAUUGCCGGCGUUCUGGCGCAGUUGAGCGAAAUGGAAGCAAUUGAUGAUGACCACGAGGGCGAAUUCGCCUUUUAG